AUGCUCCAACGAUUUCGCGGCUACCGUGACGAUGUUACAAAGCCUCCGUAUUCCAUUGAUCUUGUCAUCGACAGAGUUCACAUUGUAGCUGGGAAUAUCAAUGAAAUGACUCACGUCGUAAGUAAUUCCAUUACUCUUGCAGCAACUUUUACCUAUGAAAACAACUUUUCUAUAUACUACAAAUAGGCUGAGCGAGGAGUGGGAAAUAAAGGAGAUCUAAGUAUGAAAAGACAAAAAAAAUUACCCCUCCCCUCUGCCAUGCAUUGCUAAUAAAAAUCAGUGCUACGUAUUUCUUGACCGACUUAUUGUUUUCAAUUUUUAAAUUUAUCUUUUCGUUGAUUAGAUAAGAGAAAAUGGCCAAGUGAUCGCCAACAAGGGUGACACUGUAGUUGAGCACUUCAACGUCAACUUUGCCAAACUGUCGGAAAACGUCACGGAUAUGGUGGUGAGUCAUUUCGUAUCUUUUUGUAUACAAAAGCUGUGUAAUACGUAUUAUUCUGGCUUGAAAAAGAUAGAAAAGUGACUUUUGAGAACCCCACUUUAAUGAUAUUUUAAUUAUAACCAACAUCAUAAGUUAUAAAAUUUCAAGAAAAAUUUGGUCAAAAGCUAAGUAGACCAAUGCUUUAAAGCCAUCUAUCUCUACAGUUCUGCCAACAAGCACCAAUGCUCUUUCUAUUUUUUUGACCGAAUCUUGCAUCGUAUUUCACUAUAUUUGUCCAUUUUUGUUUAGAGUGCAGCAGAUGACAAGUUCGCGUCAUUCCCUUUGUCAAUCCUAUACACGCUACUUAUCGUGGCCUUGAUAGCCAUCUUCUUGGCCAUGGUAUUCCUAGCCAUUUACUCUCUACACAAGUUUACGUCCAAAAAGUACCGGACACUCGACUCUCCACAGCCUUCGGAGAUAUCUGUCAUAUAA